UGCCAUUGGCUCUCCGCCGCGAGAGGGAAUGACGUUCCAGCAGCCCCUUCUGUCCCGGCGCUCCCCAUUGGCGAGGCUGGGAGAGUUCCUCCGCAAGCGGCGCGGCGAUUGGCGGGUGGGGUCCGCCUGCCCGCGGGGGAGGAGCUGCGGCGGCGGGGCGGCAUGGCCGGCGGCGAGGCGUGGCGGCCGCCGCGGUCGUGCGAGGACUACUGGGCGGAGUGGAAGCAGUGCCGGGGCCUCCGCCACGCCUUCCACCACUACUACGCGCACGGCGAGCUGCCGUCCUGCGGGCAGUGGCGCGCUGACUACAGCGCCUGCCGCGCCUGGGAGAGCGGCGCCGGCGCCGCCGCGCAGGAAGCUUUGUGCAAGAGUGAGAGAUCCCGAGUUCUGGAAAAACAGAAAUAUGCUCCAGUGUGGGAGCUCAGGAAGAGCCCACCUCCUGACUGGUACCUUCCCCUUGACCAAGACAAACCCAAGUAACAAGACUAUCUUGCCAUGUUUGGUCAGUAUGUAAUACACAAUGCAGGACAGUGCUGUUUUUUCUUCCGUGUGAUCUUGAAAUUAUACAGCUGUGGCUGUGCCCUGUAUAGUUGUCCACCUGUUCAUUCAAGAAGUAUUGAAAGUUUAUUUAAACAGCCAGUAUUUUUUUAAAGGGAGAAUUCAGUGCUUAAUUUGAUUCUGAUUUCUUCCUGCUGUCUCACACUUCAGGACCUCUCCUCACCAACUGAGGUGCAAGCAGAGAGAUCUUGAGUUAGCACGUGUGAGCCAACUGCUCUUCUUCAGGAAGGUCUUCUUCCCUGACCUGUUGGUGUUACACACUGUUGGAGCAAGGCACCACCCAAGGCCUGCCACCUGAGGAAACAAAAGCAAGCUAGGACUGCUCCUUGCCAGGGCAGGACAAUCAUAACCACUGGCAUUCAAAAGGCAUUACACAGAUUCAGUGACGUCAUACUUCAGAGAUUCUCAUGUGAUGGCACAAUGCUGCAGAUCUUGAAACAUGCCUGCCUUUGUGAAACUGCUCUUGGACAGUGGUGCUUGUUCUUUUUAAAUGUCUAUGGCAGUAUUCAGUGUUACUACAAAAAUAAAAGCUUAAAUGAUUGAAAA